AUGGAUUCAAAGACGCGUUUACAAGUCGCGUCGCGUCGGCGGGAAGCUGUGCCAGAUGUCGAAAGACAUACAUAUAUGAGAGACGAUGACGAAGAAUCAAAAAACUUUGGCGCCGAUGAUGAUGAUGAAUGUGAUGUUCAUUUCGUACCAGACUUUGAUGAUAAUGGUCUUACAUUGGCGCUCACAGCGAAACGUUUUUCGUGUCUGGGGCGAUGUUUCACGCCGCUUUCA